AUGGCUAUGCUUCUAAACAAAAGCAGCAAGAUGGGUAGCCCUCUUCUCUAUGAAUUCAAGAGGCAAGCUUCCUUCUUCUUCAAAGAGAAAAUCAAGACUGCUCGUUUGGCGCUAACUGAUGUUACGCCAACAGAACUAACUACAGAAAAGAUCACAAAUGGAGAUCUUUGGGCUCCGGAUACAUGCACCAUGGGUGUUAUUUCACGGGCUGCCUUCGAGGUUUAUGAUUACUGGAGAAUUGUGGACAUUCUACACAAGAGAGUUGCUGAAGAGUUUCAGUGUGAUAAAGAUGCCAUUAAGGAGAUGGUUAGCUUCCAGUUUGUCCAUGAGAAAGGGUUCAAUUGGGGAUCGAGAGUUAUAAAGGGCAAGCGCUCGUAA